UCAAUUUCCUGUUAUAUUUACCCCUUAUUCUCCCUCCACCACCCCCGUUCCGUUCUGUCGUUGUUCUCUCCAGCCGUUAAGAUUCAAGCAAUAAGGAGUUUUCGCUAUGAAAUUUGGGAAGAGCCUUAGUAACCAGAUCGAGGAUACGUUGCCUGAAUGGCGGGACAAAUUCCUUUCUUAUAAGGAGCUUAAGAAGAAAGUAAAGCUCAUUGAACGUAAUUCCGAUGAGAGGCCGAAUAAACGGCGUAAGUUGGAUGAAAAUUCUGGUGACGUGGUGGAUGCCGUGGAUAACUCCGGUGAUGGAGACGUUAUGUCCAGAGAGGAGACCCAUUUUCUUAAGCUGUUGGAAGAUGAGCUCGAGAAAUUCAACACGUUUUUUGUUGAGAAAGAGGAAGAAUACAUCAUUAGAUUGAAGGAAUUACAAGAUAACGUGGCAAAGGCAAAGGAUUCUAAUGAAAAGAUGAUAAAGAUUUGGAGGGAGAUAGUCGACUUCCAUGGCGAGAUGGUUCUA